GUACCAGCUUGUUCUUCAAUCUCUUCCUUAUGGAAAGAAAUAUAGAACUUAUCGAAGCUGGUUUUGCGUUCGGCUGGUAGGGAGACGACUCUAUCCAAAUUCUUCAGGAUGUUCUCCUUCGACCCACAGGAUUCGACCAACAGAGCCCGACGUAACCAGACCAUCAUCGCUCUGGGAGAAUCCGGUUCAGGGAAGAGCACGCUACUGAGGAAGACCAUCAACCAGAUGUUCGUGACCAAGAAUCUCUUGCAAGACACCCUCGUCGAGCGUUUGGACCAGCGGAUGAAGUUGGCGGAGAUCUUGGGGAAUGCGAAGACGAGUAAUAACGACGAUUCCAGUAGGAUGGGCAAACUCAUCGAGAUCUUUCAAGGAGCAAAGGGACUCGACUUUAUCCUACGCCCGCUGAUGUUGGAGGAAGGUCGUCUUCGCUAUCUUCGGCCUACGAAAAAGCAGCCCGCAUCUCAAAGUUCUAGCGAUUCGAAGGAGCAGGAUGCUAAGCAAGAACCUCCUGCACCGGAGAGGAGCUUUCAUAUAUUUUCUCAUCUCGCUACGAAGGGUCAUCCGGUCUUCGACGAGUUCCCCGAACUGCUCGAUAACGUCGAAGCGGAUCAGGACCCCGAGACCUGGCGCUGGAUGGAAGCUACCAUCAAGUCUUUGGGAAUGAACGUCGACGUCGUUUGGAAUCUGGUUGCGGCAACCUGGCUGUUGGCUGUCGCUGAAGAGCUCUCUUCGCCGCAAAUCGCUCUCGCUCGUACAUACCUGCAGAUGGACCCGGAGUUCAACCUCACGAAGAGCCUCACUCAACUCGCGAGAGAGAUGAACGUCGAUGAAAGAGAGGCCAUUUUCGUCUUCUCCAAAUGCGUCUACCGGGGAUUGUUCGGGUUGUUGGUACCGUUACAUCAACCCGACCGACCCGAGGGAACGCUGGGGCCGUCUUUGUUCUUCGUCGAUAUCUGCGGAGCCGAGGUGCUCAGGGAAAAUCGAUUGCAACAACUCUUGAUCAACGACUGCAACGACAAGAUGGAUGCCGAGUAUAAACGCCUGGCUAUUAGCCACCUUCCCGGCAUCAAGAAACAUCAGCGCGUACCCACCUACAGCGGUGUAUCCCUUACGUCCGAGACUCCAAAAGAAACCCUUUUGAGGGAUAUAAUGGCGUGUUCUUCGAACAAGAACAUGUCGAGCGCGCUCGAAAAGUACAAGGGUAGGACGAAAGGCUCCAACGUGACGUACAACCCCAAAGAGCUCCAGGCCAAAAACGGUCUCAAAGUCGUCCAUGCGAAUGGCCAGGUUCCGUACCUCUGGUCGUCGUUCUUGGGCGACAAGAUCGACGCGCCUGGCAAGGAUCGUAUCGGCGCCUGUAAGGCGUUUCAGGCGGUUUUUGUCAGCGAAAGCCGAGCGGCAGAGUCAUCGAAUCUGUCCAACGAGAAUCGAGGGAAACAGCCUUCACAAGCGCCAGUUCGAUCGCACCGAGACGUCGUGGGCAACUAUCAACGCGACUGGACGAAGUUGAAAGCAACCUUGUCUAGCAAACAAGUGCUCUUCCUCCGCUGCAUCAAAGCUCAUUCUAAGCUCGAACCUUGGGCACCGGAGAAGGACUUGGUGCAGCGCCAAGUAGAGAGCCUCGGAGUCGCUCAGAUUCUCGAUUUUCUGCGCGACCUUCCCGGACGCUGCAGCGACACUGUCGACGUUUUCGAGCGCAAGUUCGGGUCGCUGGCGAUCGACGGUCCAGGCCGAGUAGGAAAGCUAUCCGACAUCUCGAAACUCAAGGUCGGCGAACGUCUCGCCUCGGAGUUGAUCAGGGAACACAAUGGCAUCGUGUACUAUUCUGCCAACCUUCGAAACACGUUUCGAGAUCUGCUCGCUGCUCGUGAGGCGGCGGCGAUCGAGGCGCAGCGCAAACGGACCGCUGAGCUAGAGAAGCAGCGCAAAUUGGAAGCUGAACGGGCGGAACAGGCUGACAAACUAGAAGCUCAGCGCAAGUUAGAAGCUGAACGUGGGAAACAGGCUGCCCAAUUAGAAGCUCAGCGCAAGUUGGAAAUCGAACGGGAGAAACAGGCUGAAGCGCGACGCCACGAGGAGCGGGUCGCCGCAGAGCCCACAGCGAUUACCGAUUCGAGCGCCGUUUCGAGGGUCUCCGUUGCUGCAUCCUCAACCGUUGUCGAUGAGCUUCAACCGGAACCUACCCCAUCCCGCGGUGACAAACAGGCAGCGCUUACGCCUGCGCCUGCUCGAAUGCUUUCGACCCGAAACGCCGCCGAAGCAGGGCUCAAAGGUAUCUUGGGUUCCAUCCUGGAAGACUGGAGCCGAAACUCCGACGUCAAGACACGUUGGCACCACGAAGAGCGUUUCCAAUGCACGAUCUUGGUCGAGAUCGAAAAGAAAAUGUAUAGCUCGGGCGUCGACGCUGGCAAAAAGCACGCCCUUGAAUUCCACGACUAUCUCCUCAAUGCGACUCGGCAAUGCCGGAGGACAAAAACUGGGUCGCGCAAACAAAUCGAUAGCUCCCCGGAACUCGAAGUCGUGGUGGAUCGGGUCUUUGCAUUCUUGGAGGCUCAAUAUACCAUACUCGCGCUGUCGACACUUUGCGAAGGGGCCACAGAGCUUCGAGCCCGGUCCUUUGGUAUCGAAAUGUCACCCGAAGUCUGCGAAGCGCUUGUUUCGUCAAACGUGUGGAGGCUACUCGUACUAGCGGCCCAAGAUUCACGACCCGACCUGUUUUCAUGAAGUUUGACAAAGCGACUAGCCGAGGCGAGGGUACGAGAAACUUGUAAUCGCGAACGCAUGUCAAACAGUAUCUGUCCAUUCGUACCUCUGCAGAUCAGUGCAGUAGUUUGAAUUGAAGGCUUGAACCAGCGACCAGCCGAGGCGAGGGUCUGAAAAUCGUGUAGGAGCGAAAGCAUGUCAAACAUAAUAUCUAUCC